UGUCUCUGCGUGUCGAGUUUAGUUGCAAAUGCCGUGCGAUUGUAAUGGUGGAUUCAAAAGAUUGGCUUGCCGUGUUUUUUUUUCAGUUCUCGUUAGUUCAGCCUUAAUAAUUCCGUCUGCCAGUGAGCAGGGAUUGUGAAGAUUUUCCAAAAUAAUCCGCCGAUGAAGUAUCGUCAGAGGCAAUCCAACGGAAUAUCAGGACAGGGACAUCCGAAACGUUCGCGAAUUUCGAAAAGCCCGCCCGCGAAUCGUGUUAUGGCCGGUAAUGGAGAAACCCAAUGGUGCUUCUCACAAGUUAAGGGUACUCUGGAUGAUGAUGUUACAGAAGCCGAUAUCAUUUCGUGUGUUGAGUUCAACCAUGAUGGUGAACUUUUGGCCACAGGUGAUAAGGGUGGGCGAGUGGUCAUUUUCCAGAGAGAUCCUAUGAGCAAGGCGGCCUUACCACGUCGGGGCGAAUAUAAUGUUUAUUCAACGUUUCAGAGUCAUGAGCCUGAGUUCGAUUAUCUUAAAAGCCUCGAAAUUGAAGAAAAAAUAAACAAAAUCCGAUGGCUAAAGAGACGUAAUCCCGCCCAUUUCUUAUUGUCUACAAAUGAUAAAACAAUUAAAUUGUGGAAGGUCUCUGAAAGGGAUAAGAAAGUUGAAGGUUACAAUACUAGAGCGGAUAAUGGUUCCUUAGUAGAUCCAUCUUCAGUGAGUAGCCUCAGAAUUCCCAUAAUUAAACCAAUGGAACUGAUGGUAGAAGCUUCGCCACGUCGCAUCUUUGCCAACGCCCACACCUACCACAUCAAUUCAAUUUCAGUUAACUCUGACCAGGAGACCUACCUUUCGGCAGAUGAUCUACGUAUUAAUCUUUGGCAUUUGGAGAUCACUGACCAGAGCUUUAAUAUAGUAGAUAUCAAACCGACCAACAUGGAAGAGCUGACAGAAGUGAUUACAGCUGCCGAAUUCCAUCCUGUGGAGUGCAACUUGUUUGUGUACAGUAGUAGUAAGGGAACUAUUAGGUUAUGUGAUAUGCGUACCUCAGCCCUAUGUGAUCGGCCAGCCAAAUUAUUUGAGGAGCCAGAGGAUCCCACUAAUCGCAGCUUCUUUUCUGAGAUUAUAUCCAGUAUCAGCGACGUUAAGUUGUCCAAUAACGGUCGGUACAUGAUUUCCAGAGACUACUUGUCUGUCAAAGUCUGGGAUUUACAUAUGGAGAGCAAACCGAUUGAGACAUACCCUGUACACGAAUAUUUGAGAGCUAAACUUUGUUCUCUGUAUGAAAAUGACUGCAUUUUUGACAAAUUCGAAUGUUGCUGGAACGGCAACGAUACCGCCAUCAUGACGGGUUCCUACAAUAAUUUCUUCCGGAUAUUCGACCGGACAAUGAAGCGUGAAGUGACCCUUGAAGCUUCCCGCGACAUAGCCAAACCGAAAACUCUGCUGCGGCCCCGCAGAGUGUGUUCGGGUAAACGAAAAAAGGAUGAGAUUAGUGUAGAUUGUUUGGACUUUAACAAAAAAAUCUUACAUACUGCGUGGCACCCAUUAGAAAAUAUCAUAGCGGUAGCCGCUACGAAUAACUUAUUUUUAUUCCAAGACAAGUUUUAGUUUUUGCGAACGGACUGGUAAAUAUCGUUUCAAUUUUAUUUCCCUUGUAUAAAUUAUAUUGUAAAAAAGGUCGAUAGAAAAGCUCGUUCUGAGUGGCGGAUAAAAGGGAUUUUUGAACUUUCCUGGAUAAUUUGGCGCAAUUUGGUGCUGCUGACAUGGGGUUGAGCUGAAUUUAAUAUGGAUUAUUAUAAUUGUAAAUAAUCAAAACUAUCCAAAAUGUUGAACAGGGUGUCCUGUUCAAAAAAAUAGUAAUUAUUAUAGUUAAUAAGUUUUAAAUUGUAUUGAGUGAGUCGUGACUUUAUAGUUAUUUUUUUUUUGACCGCCAUCAUCUGAUACCCCAGGAAAAUCGAUUUGAUAAAAAGGUGUGUAAAUUAAGCACUUUUCAUCCCUAUUACCCCAGAAUUUUAUUCCAACAUCACCCAAUGCUGCAAUUUAGUGCACCAUGCAAAAAUACGACUACUAUUCUUGAACAGGUUUUUAGCAAGCCCAUUACAAAAGAUAGGAUAUACAAAUAUUUUCAGAAUAGGUACCAAAUGAGUAAAUAAAAUUUCUCUUUGUUAUUAGCCAAAGUUACAUUUUUCAAAGAUAGUUGGCCUGGGGUAUUGGAUUGAGUGCCGCAAUCAUUACAUAAUGUUUUUUAAGUAUUAUUGAUAUUUGCAUGUUAUUUUUUUACAAUAAGACCAAAAAAUCACAAAAAAUAAAAGUUACCCAGAAAUCAGGUGUUUAUAUACAACACUAUUGAUAAAGGGCACCAUUCGGCUGGCAAAAUAUUUUUUUCUGGGAUAUCUACUUACUCUCCUGAGAAUAAUAAUACAAAAUUUACAAUUUAAUUGGGGACAGGACACACUGUAGAAAGUAAAUUAUUACAGUUAUUUUAAUAUUAUAAAAAUAUCGUUGAGCCCAACCUAUGUGAAGACUGGACGUUGAGGACCACUUUGAAAAUAUGCAUAACGAAUCUUUGCUGUUGCUGGAAAUAUUUUUCACUUCCUAAUAAUCUUCUCAUUCACUACACAUUGAAUUACGGAAAAUCAGUUAUGAGUCAAUUUUUCAUUUUUGGAAAUAGUUUGUGAAUAACUUUUUUGGAAUCUUAUUGCAUCUUGUGUAACCAGUCCUUUAAUAUUUACAUAGUGAAUCGGAUAUACCAUCUAGCAGAGCAAUAAUCGGAGGUGUCCUGCAGUUGUGAGAAAUUUCUGUGUAUUUCAAUUUUAAUUAAAACCAAACGUUGCAUGACUAAUUCUAUUCCAUGUAAUUUGGAUGGAAUCUACUUGUGGACUGGGGUGUGUAACCAGUGUCAAUCCAUACUUUGUUUGACCUUCCAAUUGCAAAAUUCGUAUUAUGUGUAUCUUUAAGUAUCUCAAUUAGGUAUGAUAGUUUUGCUCAUCUGAACAAACUUAGAAUAGGUUAUUUUAUUGAUCGCUGAGGAUGUGGCAGUGUAUUUAGAAGUGUCUUUAAAAAAUAUGAAAAUCAGCAAAUGAGUUCUGUUUUAUAACAAGAUGAAAAGGCUGAAAGUUGACAGGAUUUAAGUUGACCAAAAGUAAGUUUUCCAAAUGAGAAUAUAAUAUAGACUUAUCAUUUUUAACAUGAAAUUGAACUCAUUUGGUUUUGGAUUCUAUUCCCUAUCAUCGACCAAUUUUCUAUUGAUAAAGUGCCAUACCAAACUUUUUAUAUAUUUAUCUUCAAGCAGUCUUUUAUUUAAUUUUUCUUGUUGUUAAUAUGUGGUGCAGAAGUGAUUAGGUUUUACAGCCUGACAAAGUUGCAAAAAUGUCGAGUUUCAAGGGUCAAUAUUUUCGAAACAGUUGAAUUUAGGUAUAGGACAUUAUACAUGGGAUACAGAGCUGUCACCUACGAUUUUCUGAAAUGCCCUCACUUCCCUUAAUAAUCUACUACAUAUUUCAAAAAAAUUUCAGCUCUAGAAUAAAAAUUUAUAUAGUUUAGCUUCCCACCUUUUUUUUUAAAGAAAAAUAUGCUUCCUCCCGAUAAUUUAUCAGUUUUCCGUUCAGUGAUCAUAUUUGUAAGGGAAACAUAUCAUAAUUAUUCUAGGAUUUUGUACAAAAAAUAAUUGUUACCUAUACAUACAUCUAAAAAUAAUCAUUUCAUGAGUGCAUGAGAAUAAUUAAAAUUUUAUGAAUUAUCUAACUGAAAAAUCAAAAAGGUGUUAAGAAUAAACCACCAACAUCAUCAAGGUCAACUUAAUUUUUAUACUGAUGGUCUUUUUAUCUUUAAAACCGGCUUAACAUAACUUUUUGAAAUUGAAUUAUUGUUUAUGUUAUUGAAAGUAACAAAGAGUGGUCAACGCUAAUUUGAAGAACUCUUUCGUUUAUUAUUUAUUAAAAAGUGCGUUUAAGAAUAAGCCACCAACAUCAUCAGGGUCAACUCAAUUUUUAUAUUGAUGGUCUUUUUAUCUUUAAAACCGGCUUUACAUAACUUUUUGAAAUUGAAUUAUUGUUUAUAUUAUUGAAUAUUAUUGAAAGUAACAAAGAGUGGUCAACGCUUAUUUGAAGAAUUCUUUUGUUUAUUAUUUAUUAAAAAAUGCCUUUAAGAAUAAACCACCAGCAUGAUCAGGGUCAACUUAAUUUUUAUAUUGAUGGUCUUGGUCAACGCUAAUUUGAAGAUUUUUUUCGUUUAUUAUUUAUUAAAAAGUGCGUAUAGCGUAAACUAGAUUAGAAGUUUAAUUUUAUCAAAAUAAGCCUUUAGCAUGCCUUUUAAAGAGGAUACACUGCCACGCAUAAACAAAACAAAAAUUAAAAAGUACUAAGUAAUACUUAACGAUGUAUUAUGUAUUUUUAAGUAAACUUCCAUUUUUGUUUUUGGACAUUAUUAGAAUAUAGGCAUGUUUUUAUUAUUUCAAUUUUUAGCUAUACUGUACAAAUUUUGAUUGAAGGCUGCAACUUUCUCACAUUAAAUCUCAGAAAAAUGUAAUUGUCUUGUACAUACCUGAAUAAUUGUUAUAAAAUUAUUGAUUAAUAAAACGGUAAUGUGAUAAUUCUAAAUAAAUGAAGAGUUUAUACAA